UUUCAAAAAGCAAGCGUUUGCUUCGGCUUCGUUUCGAUUUAUCAGUGCGUGAUUAUUCAAGAAUUAAAAUUUUUUUUGUUACUGUAAACAUCGAUAAUCAUUUAAUAACUAUCAUAUAAUUAUUUGUCAUAUUGUUUAAUUGUACUGAAUAAGAAAACAAAACUAAUUUCACGAUGCCUACAGCAGAGAAUGCGGAACCCACUGGUGGUCGAGUGACUCGUUCUCUCCGAAAACGUUUAACAUCUAUCGACAGUGAUGUACCCAGUAGGCCUGGAACUCCCAACAACAUCAAUCUUCAAACAAUUCCAGAAAUAAAUACUCCAACAAAACGUCUAACUCGCAGAGCUUCUUUAACUCUUAGUAACUCUGCUGCUCUUACACCUUCCAAAGCGAAGAAUCUGGUUGAAAAUGUAGAAGCAUCUAAUACACCAGGUCGCAGGCUUACACGACGACGCAGCGUUAAUAUUUCAGAGUCAGAAGACCAAUCAGUACAAUCAAUAGUAAAAAAUCCAACAAUUUCUGUUGUAAAAGAAGAACCUGAAAGUCCAAAAGAAAAACCACAACGAGUCUUACGUUCAUCUUCAAGAUCUCCAAAUGACCCAGAAAAUACAAAGAAAAAUAAAAACGCAUCGUCGAAAAAAACAACAAAAAAAGAAGAACCAGAAAUUAUUAAUCUAGACGAUACCGUUGAAAUGGAAACUUUGAAACCACAAAGUACCAAGAAAAAGACUAGAGUAUCCAUUAAAAAAGAGAUUAUCAUUGAUGAGUUGGAAAAAGAGAAAUCUGUUUCUAGUAAUGAAGUAACACCAACAAAGAAUUUGGAAACUUUAUCAGUUACAGAGAAGAACUCAAAUAAGAAGAAACUUAUCGAAGAGAAAAGCCCGAAAGACAAUGAAUCCGAUAACUUAAAAGACAAAAAACGCUUGAGCGGAACUGGUACUCCAGCAAAAUCCUCAAAAUCUCCAAAAUCUGCUUCAAAAAAAGAACCUAUACAAAAACAAUUAACCCCAGAAAGACCAAAUUCUGAUAUGGGUAGUGCAAAGAAGAACAAAAGUGCACAAAAAGAAUCCAAGUCUUCACCAAAGGUCUUUCAAAAAAUUCGAUCAUCACCAGAAAAUUCUGCCAGUAAGAAAAAUAAUUCAAAUAGUCCUCAAGAGGAAGGCAUCCGUCGGUUUUUUACAAUAACAAAACAAGCAAGUCCAGCAGCAGUUAAAAAUAGUCCACAAAAGAAAAACCACCCAGAACCACUAAAAAAUGUUGCAUUCAAUGAAGCAGACGAUGAAAACACUGAGAAAAGUGUCUACCCAAAGACACCAGGAUUAGUUAAAAGCAAAAGUUACAUAUUAGAUGCUUCAAAUGAUGUAAAUGUCGAUAAAGAUGACACUUUCAAAUCGACCAAAUCCAAGAAAGAUCAUACUUUUAAAGACAGCUCUGAUGAAGAGGAGCAGGAGGAGGAAGAAACAGCAGCUCUUAGCUCAAAAACACCUUACAAAUUGAAAGUUAAGGCGGUUGAAAGUAGUACACCUAUUCAAAAUAGUUUGCCAAAGCAAAACAAAACAUUGGAAACUGAAAAGGAAAAAGAAAAGUCAGCUAAGGAAGUUUGCUUUUCUUCUUCUGAUGAUGAAGAAGAAAAGGAUGCUGUUGCUUUUCCAAAGUCGUGGACUCAAUCGGUGUCUGGAACAACUCGCGACACAUCAAAAAUCGAUUGCAUUGUUUCGGAGAAAUCACUGUCAAAGAAAGAAGCAGAAGCCGCUAAUAAAUCAAAAAGCAACACAUCUCAAAAUAAAUCACAAAUCAACGCAUCCCAGAAUAAAUCACAAAGCAAGAACACCCCAAACAAACCACCAAGCAACACAUCACAUAAUAGCAGUCAAAAUAGAUCCCAUCUAUCUCAUAGAUCCCGUCAAUCGGAAAUUUCUGACGCCGAAGAUGAUAUGCUAGAAGAAGAUGAUGAAGAUUUUAUUGACGAUGAUGAUGAGGAAGAUGAAAAUAGAAAUGCAGAAAAAACUAUCUUCAUAGAUGAUGAAGCAAUGGAAGUUGCUGAGGGUGAAGAAUCAAUGGACGAAGAAGAAAGAGCAUAUUUGGAAGAAAAUGAAAUCCCAGAAUAUGGUGAAUCAAUUGGUAGUCAGGAUAGCGAAGAAGAAGAAGAUGAUGAUGCCGUCGAUGAAGUACCCGACGAAGAAGAUGAUGGAUUCAUUGUUUCUGAUACAGAACCUAUUGAGGAACUUUUAAGUUCAGAAAAUGAAUUGGAAAAAUCUAAAGACAAAAAAUACAAACGAAUUGUUCAAGCAUCUGAUACAUCGGAGGAUGAACGUGAAGGAAAUCCUGGUGCCGAUAAGAAAGAUGACACUGAUCUUUGUUUAUUAGUUGAGUCUUCGUUUGAAGUUGAUAAAUCAUUAAAAAAGGAUAAAUCUUUGAAUGAAAGCAGUCAAAUUAAUAAGUCAUUUCAAGAGAUUGUUUCAGAAAAGAAGAAUGAUGAAAACGAAGAAAAUAGCAAAGAUGUGUCAUCUCCUAAAAUUCAGAAUGAAGAAGACAUUUCUAAGAACAAUGGACCAAGAAAAUCAGAAGUCAAAAAUGCUUCAUCCAAUGACCAAUCUGUUAAAGAACAAAACAAGUUGGACAACAGUAAGCUUAACCAUAUUGAAAUUGAUAAUAAUAAUUAUUCAGACAUGGAAGAGGCAGAUGAUGAAGAAAAAGAAGGUACAACUUUGAACCGAACCAAGCCACAAAUUUUAGAAAAUAUUAUUCUUUCACACAAAAUUGAACAAAACCCAAGUGUCUUGAAAUCACCUGCUAAGUCUCCAAAGCGAAAAUCAUCAUCAUUCACUUUAUCUGGCAGUGAUCAAAUAAACACUGCAAAAGAUUCUAGAAAAUCAGUGGAAAAGAUUGAUGAUGAUUCUGCGAGAAAAUCUAUUGAUGCCUCUGCAAAUGUGCAGAAUUUGAACAACAGCAGCAGAAAGUCUUUUAAUAAAAUUGAAAAUUCAGUUAAUGCAACCGAUUCACCAUCGAAAAAAGCAACAAAAACGAGAAAAAUAAGUACUAUGUCUGUUGGAGAGGAGACUGAUGAUUCCUCAAACAUUUCAAAGCGAAAAUCUUCAGCUUUUGGUGGUCAGCAGGAAGAUAUACUUAAAUCUCCUAAAGCUUCGAGAAAAUCAAUGAACAAAAGUAUGGCUUGUAAUGAUGAUGAGUCCAACUCAAACAGCAAAUCAUUGAAAGAGUCAAGAAAAUCUAUUAGCAAAGCUAUUGAUAUAUCUGCACACGAAGAAACACUCAAUGUUAGUCAAAAAAGACACUCUAUUGAUAACUCAAGCAAAAAUGCAUCCACAAAUGAGGAAAAAGAAAAUUCCAAAACUGAAAAACCAACAAACGAGUCUAGAAAAUCACUUAUUAGAACCUCAACCGAAGAAGACACAAAUGAGGCCGAAGAGCAACAAAGUACAUUGGAAAAAACUAAAUUGUCAUUAGAUGAAGGAUCUGAACCCGAAGAAACUUUGUCAGCAUCUGAAAAUCCAUUAGAUAUUUCGACUGCUAAGACGUCACUCAAUACGUCGAAAAAAUCAAGAAAAUCCAUGGAAAGAAACAGCUUUUCUUUACAAAAUGAAAAAUUAAACGAUUCAAAAACACAGCAGCGUCGGAAGUCGAUUGCUCAACAAAGUACUGUUGAAAAUGUUUCCGAAAGUUCUGCUGGGUCAGAACAUGAAGAAGAAAUUGCAAACAAAUCUGUUGGAAGAAGGAAGUCAAUGGCUCCGGAACAAAGCAUUAACCAGAAUGUUUCUGAGAGCUCUUCUGAGUCAGAAGAAGAAGAAAAGAUUGCAAACAAAUCUGUUGGAAGGCGAAAGUCAGUUGCUGUGGAACAGUCUGAAGAAGAAAAGAUUGCAAACAAAUCUGUUGGAAGACGAAAGUCAAUUGCUCCAGAACAAAGCUUUGUCCAAAAGGUUUCCGAGAGCUCUGCUGAGUCAGAAGAAGAAGAAAAGAUUGCAAACAAGUCUCUUGGAAGGCGGAAAUCAGUUGCUGUGGAACAGUCUGAAGAAGAAAAGAUUGCAAACAAAUCUGUUGGAAGACGGAAGUCAGUUGCUCCAGAACAAAGCAUUACCCAAAAAGCUUCCGAGAGCUCGGCUGAGUCUGAAGUAGGAGAAAAGAUUGCAAACAAGUCUCUGGGAAGGCGGAAGUCAGUUGCUGUGGAACAGUCUGAAGAAGAAAAGAUUGCAAACAAAUCUAUUGGAAGACGAAAGUCAAUUGCUCCAGAACAAAGCAUUGUCCAAAAGGUUUCCGAAAGCUCUGAUGAGUCAGAAGAAGAAGAAAAGAUUGCAAACAAGUCUCUUGGAAGGCGGAAGUCAAUUGCUGUGGAACAGUCUGAAGAAGAAAAGGUUGCAAACAAAUCUAUUGGAAGGCGAAAGUCGAUUGCUCCAGAACAAAGUAAUAUUGCCGAACCAGAAAGCGAAACUUUAAACAAGUCUGGACGACGAAAAUCAAUUGCUCCAGAACAAAGUUUCGUCCAGAAUGUUUCUGAGAGCUCUGCUGAAUCCGAAUCGGACGAAGAAGAAAAUAAUGAAAAACUAUCUCUUGAAAUAACUGACAAUGAAAUGGAAGAAAGUUCGCAAAACGAUCCAAAUGAAGUAGAAGCACAAUUUUCUGAUGACGAAGAAAAUGCCGCCUCGGACACAACUAUGUCAAGUUUCCUUGGUGAAGAUGACAGGGGUAGUAAAAAUAAUUCAUCACGUAGAAAGUCAAUUGUUGCUAAUGAAAGCAAAUUGGAUGAAACAUUCCAAUUAGAUCCAAAGACCAGUCUUUCAUCUUCAUUGCAUGAUAGCUUACAUCGUAGUGUUUUGCGAAAGUCUCUCAAUCAGAGUCAAAAGCGAAGAUUAACAAUAGACGAAGGAAAUACAAAAGAUGAGGAAGAAGCUGAAGAAAAUCAUUCAAGUGAAUCCGAGGAAGAAAAUGACUCAUCAGAUGAUGAAAUCAACAUCAAAAAGAAGAUUGUCUCCGAAAAGGGGUUAAGUGUAUCGUUGAGUAGUAUUCAAAUAAAGAAGAAAAAGGUCAAAGAUGCUAAAGCAAUUCGUAAUUCGUUCACAAUUGGUGUUUCGGUUCGAAAGAAUUCAUCAGAAGAUGAAGAUUCAUCGGAGGCUGUGGAGGCUGAAAAUAAAGAUAAUGUUGAAAAUAAUGCUUCUUCAGAAAAUGAAGAUGUUGCUGCAGAUAAUCAAGCUUCAUCUUCAUCAGAAAGUAAUCUCCUAAAUGAAAGUGAGACAGAAGUUUUGGAAAAAGUUAAAAAUGUCCAAAGUGUUGGACCUUACAAAUCAAGGAAAUCGAUGUCAAAUUCUAUACUCUUAGCUCCACAACAAUCACAAAAAGAUAUCAAACAAAAAAGUGGAAUUAAACGCACAAGUUUGUAUCUACAAGAAGAUACAGCAUCGAAUUCGUUUGUUGAAAACUUGGCCGAAGAGAAAAAGAAAAUUAAACAACAAAAGAGGAAAUCUAAUAGUUUCUGUGGAGUUGUUGAACCUUCGGUUGAAGAAGAGGAUGGUGAUAAAGUUCAGCCACCAGAGCCAAGAUCUGAGAAAAAGCUAAAGAAAUCUUCAGAAUCAGAACAUAAGAAAGUAGAUGUUAAAAAUGUACUCAAUCGAUGUGAACAAAUGUUGGAGGCUGCUAAUGAAGCUAAACGCCAAGCUAAAUUACAAUCCAAAAAGGUGAAAGUUAAGAAACCAAAAUGGAUGGACAAGGAAGAAGAAGAACCCAAAAAGAAAGAGGACGAGGUUGAGAUUCCAUUGGUUAGCAAAAAAGAAAUCAAACGCAAAGAAAAAAUGAAGAAGGAACUAGAAAAGGCUCUCAAGCAAUCAGCAUCUGUUCUAACUAAGGCUGCCAAACCUGCGAUAAAAGCUAAACAGAAAAAUGUUCCUUCAAUAGAUGAAACCAACAGUGUCAAUCCAUCAAAGCGACUGGAGACCGAGUUCCUAGAAUCCCUUGUGGAAACGUCGUCAAGUACAAAUAAGAAAAAAGCAAAAGCAAUUGAAACUACUCCACCAUCAGAUAAGGAAAAUUCCAAGAAAAAAUCAAAUAAACAAAAGUACAGAAUCGAAGAUAUACACAAAAAAAUCGAAUCAGAUAUAGAAACUUUAGAGACUGCAUGCGGCACAGUGAUCGUUGAACCAUCAACUCCACAAAAACUACGCAUUCAACGUGGUUUUCGUGAAAGUCCAAAAACACCAGUUGGAUUCAAAAUUCAAAACCUGGAUUCCGCUGAUAAACGAUCAAAUAAAAAAUCUCAUCGCAAAUUAAAAACAACAUCAGGUUCAUUUGUCGAAGAAGAUCUUAACAAAUCGAAAAAGAAGCGCAAAAUCGAGGAACCAGUAUAUACACUUCCAAAGACCCAAUGGACACCAUCGGGAGUAUUUGUUGAGGAAGACUUACCAACUCGUCCAUUGGCAAAUUCAACAGCUACACAAUUUUUAGUAGCUUCUUUGGGCAGUGAUAAAAAACACAAGUCUUCAUCGACAGGUGUUGUAUCAACGAAUACAUUUAAUAAAGCAAUGAAUUUUAAGCAAAAUGCUCUUAAAACAGUUAAGCGGCAACAGCCAAGAGAGAUUAUGUUUUCAAAGCAACGCAAAAUGGCCAAUAAUAAUAAGUUUUAAUUUGAGCUUGCAGGAAACACAACAUGUACAAGUUAAUCGAUUUCUGUUAUUUAUUAUAAAAAAAAACACGGAUGGAUUGCCGGAUAUCCGUUUGUGAGUUCAUGUUUAUAUCAAAAGCAAGUUUGUUUAUGUUUGUUAUAUUUAGUUUUUACUAUUAAGUUUUUUUUUAAUAAAUACCAAUUAAUUGUA